AUGUGCAUUCAAUUGAUUUUAAUUUUCUCUUUAAAUGUUAAGAAAAAAGCAUACCUCGUGUUUGAACUUGAGGAUGGUACUGUUGAAGAGGUAGAGGAGGAGACUCUAUUCAAAGAAGUAAGUCGUCGUAUAUUGGAAGAACAAACUCCUGAGGAGAUUUCUAAGAUUAUUGAUAUGUGUAAAAAUAUCACAAAGGAGGAAAAAUUGGAACCGGACGUAAACAAAAUUAUUGAUGAUCCACGUAUGCGACUUCUUACUAAGUUACAUGCUAAGAAAUUGAAUGAACUGAAGAAGAAAUUUAAGGAUGAUGAAGUAGUAAAAGAAUCAAAGGAAGAACCUUCAGUUGAUGAGUUGCUUUCAUUUAUUAAUGGCAAUGAAGGAGGAGAUACAAAAGAGGCUAGAAAAAACAAGAAGAAAAAGAAGAACAAAAGAAGGAAAGAAAAUACAAAAUCUCAUUCUUCAAAGAAUGCAAAUGAAGAUUAUAAUGAGAGUUCUACUUCUCAAGAUCAUGCUACCAGUCCCAAGGAGGAACUUAGUGAAGAUGAUCUUGAUCCUGUAUUGAAGGAAAAGCUUGAUAGGGAGGUGGAAGAAUUUGCAAGAAUAUUAAACUUAGGUUGGUCUGAAAGGGUAAAAAUGUUUACUUAA